AUGGGGAAGUCAGCCUCAAAGCAAUUUGCAGAGGAGGUGCUGCAGAGCCAUAACGAGUACAGGAAAAAGCACCAGGCUCCAGCACUCAAGCUGAGCAACAAGCUGAGUAGAGAGGCUGCCCGAUAUGCUGAGAGUCUGGCUAGCACACGCAUCCUAAAACACAGUGAAGAAUCCAGUAGGGGAAGCUGUGGGGAGAACCUGGCAUGGGCCUCCUACGACCAAUCAGGAAAGGAUGUGGCAGACCGCUGGUACGAUGAAGUGAAACACUACAACUUCAACUCUCCUGGUUUUACUUCUGGCACUGGCCAUUUCACAGCAAUGGUGUGGAAGAACACUACGACGCUGGGUGUCGGUAAAGCCAUUGCUUCUGACGGUUCUUCCUUCGUGGUCGCCAGAUACUUUCCAGCUGGAAAUAUUACCAAUCAAGGACACUUUGAAAACAACGUCCUCCCUGCUAAAGCCCCUAAUUCUCCCUCUUAA